UGGCAUCUUUUUGAUUGUGAUUUUUUUAAUUGAUCAACUGAUAGAUGACGAUGUUUCAACAUUAUCAGUAGGAGGACUGUGAAGUUGUGCAACACAGACACAUGCUACAGAAAGAGGAAAUGACCAAACCAGAGAGAAGUGGAGGCAGAGACAUGUAGAAAUGAUGAUAUGCAGUUUUCAUAUUUUCAUUUCAUUUCUCCUUAGAUGAUUAGAGAGGAUUUUGUGAACAUCAGUGAAGCUUUAAUUCAGUUCAGAAUGAAGAAGCUCUUCCUCAUCAUCACCUUCUACCUGAUCUCAGGUUCAGUGAACUGCAUUGAUGUGAUCAGUUACCCUGGAGGUCGUGUUGUAAUUGAAAUCAAAAACCCAAUUAGUAUCAGGUCAUCUGUGUAUUUUUGCAAAAUAAAAACACAAACAGAGUGUGAAUAUUUAAUAACAGCUCAGGUCUCAGAUUUACAGAAAGGGGUUCAUAAGGACAGAUUUUCUCUGUUUUACUCUUUUACUGAAGGAAUCAUUUCACUGAUAUUCAGAAACCUGAGUUUACAGGAUACUGGAAUGUAUCAGAUUGGAGAGAUCAGAGGGUGGAAUCACAACAUCAACCUGAGAGUGAAAAGUGAUCCAUGUUGUGGGACAAAAACAGUAAAAGGUUAUUUGGAACAGACUCUGAUGAUCAGCUGCUCCUAUCCAGUAGAGUUUAAAACAAACACCAAGUCCUUCUACAGACUGGACACUAUCGCUGGUACUGAACUGAUCCGGACCAGCGGAACACAACCGCACCAGGACGACAGAUUCUCCAUUUCUGAUGACAGGAGGAAUAAAGUUUUCAGUGUGAACAUCACUGAUGUGAGAGAAGAUGAUGUUGGAGUUUAUUCCUGUGUAGUUAUUAAUGAAGAGACUGCAGUCAGUUAUCAUUCGCUCUUCACAGUAAUUCAGCUCCGAGAAGUAACAGACGACACACCAGAGAGUCCAGACGGCACAUUAACCAAAUCUGAGUCUGCCGGUUCCUCCAUCAACAUCAUCAUCAUCACUGUGGUCGUCUUUGUGCUCCUGCUGUUGGCUGUUGGAUUAGUGCUGAUCUUCUACAAGCUUAGAUGUAAAAGGUCACAAGGUCUCUUGGACAGAAAUGUGCUGGAAAGUCUUUCAGAAAUUCCCCACUAUGAUGAGAUUAAAGACCACACACCAUAUUCAAAUACUGAAGAAAAUGCAUAUUACUCUACUAUUCCUCUAUCCAUAAUCCCCUCUGACCCCCCAAACAAUGUGUACGCCACUGCACAGUUACCCACAAUCCCCUCUGACCCCCCAAACAAUGUGUACGCCACUGCACAAUUACCCACAAUCCCCUCUGACCCCCCAAACAAUGUGUACGCCACUGCACAAUUACCCACAAUCCCCUCUGACCCCCCAAACACUGUGUACACCACUGCACAGUUACCCACAAUCCCCUCUGACCCCCCAAACACUGUGUACACCACUGCACAGCUACCCAAAAUCCCCUUUGACCCCUCGAACACUGUGUAUGCCAUCACAGAGUUACCCACAAUCCCCUCUGACCCCCCGAACACUGUGUACGCCAUCUAACUCUUGCUCUAACAUUUAAUUGUUUUAGUCACAUGACCAAAUAUACACAGGUAAUAUUUUCAACUUUUAUUUAAUUUUUUAUGAUUAGCUUCUUAAUAAAAUGUCUCUAAAAAUUUAAAUAAACUAUAAAUGUUUGUAAAUUAUAGUUGUUUGCUUUACAUAAAAAUACAGAUAAAACGUUUAGAUUAUUUUCUAUUCCAUCAAAAGACUCCAAAAUGAAUAUUCUGUGAUAGCGACAUUUGAUGACCUUUAUUUUUAUUUCUAAGUUAAUUCUUACUCUCUGCUUACUUCACAAAAUAUAUAUUUUUUUAUUUUCUUGAAAUAUAUUAGCAGCUUUUUCCACUGGACAGAAUGUGUAGUAAAUAUGCUAAUUUUGUAGCUUGCUCUAUGCUAUAAUAUGCUAUAAUAAAUCUAAUGUGUAUGAAAGAGGUUGCGUAAAUGUAACUAAUUAUUUAAUGCUUUGUGUUAUUGCUUUGUUAACAAACCAUCCAAUAUUGACACUUGAAUAAAAUGUAGUUUUUUUUUGGUUGUAACAAAGUCUAUAACACGCCUAGCUGGUUUUUGCUUGGUUCAGUGUUUUGACACUUAUGUUAGUAAUUUUACAUUUACAUGUCUUAAAGAAGUUCUGUGCAGUUCUGUAUGUUAAUUUAGUUUACCUAGUGGAAAAUCUAGUGCUAAUUUAGUUUACCUGGAACAAAAUCAACUAAUUCAACUAAAGAAAAUAAACUAAAAAACCCCUCCCAAAGUCUGUAACCUAUUGAAUCAGUGGUGAUGUAUUCACUGAUAGAAACUUCAAAGCACUUUUAUACGUCACUCUGGAUAAGGCCAUCUCAUACAUGCAGGACAUGUAAAUGUAAAGUAAACUAAUUCAGCAAGUUUUUUCCCCUCACUGCUGGGUGGCAAAGGUCAUCAAAAGUUAAGACUCCGGUUGUUCAUUGGAAGGUUGGGGUUCACCAAGCUGACCCUGUUGGACCUCUGAGCAUGGCCCCCCGUCCCAGGGGUGCUGCAUCAUGGCUGACCCUGACUCCAAAGUUGAGAUAUGUGAAGAAGAAUGCAGUAAAACAAAAGCUUCUUCUUAGUAAUAAUAUAGUGUACCUU